AUGGUAGGUGUGGGUAGGGCUAUCAAGGCGAGGAAGUUGUCACCUAAGUUUCUCGGUCCUUAUGAGAUUCUUAGGCGGAUUGGACCAGUAACGUAUGAGAUAGCGUUAUCGCCGCAGUUGGCAAACCUGCAUAACGUGUUUCACGUGUCUCAACUGAGGAAAUACAUUCCAGAUCCUAUGCAUGUGUUAGAGGUUGAUGAUAUACAAGUUCAUGAAGAUCUUACAAUCAAAGCUCGGCUAGUCAGGGUGUUGGGGGUGCAGACGAAAAAUCUGAGGGGAAAGGAAAUUCGCACGGUGAAGGUAUUGUGGAACGAGGAAACUCAAGAGAUGACUUGGGAGCUUGAAGAGUUUAUGAGAAAAGAAUACCCGCAUUUGUUCGCAUAG